AGCACCAGAAACAAACUUGCCCCAGUCAUCACCUCCUCCGAAGGCGCUAGAGGGCGCUCAGUAUACUUGGUGUGUUCUUGGGCAAUAAGCCCCUUAGAGCAGUCCUUGAGUCAACUGAGAAACAACUGACCCUGGACUUGGAGCAGAGAAACUACAUUACCCACAAAGCUAAGCACGGAAUGCCACCAGGCUCAGCCAAUGGGGGCUCAGAGAAGGCAUUUCCGUUCGACCGCUUCUUUAGGGCGGGACCAAGUCCUCUUAGCAGGAUUUUGUCUUCUCAGCUUAUUGUCUCAGGCGGUCAGUUCCUGGGCUCAAGAGUCUGUUGGAGGAGAGAGGAGCAGUGUUCCCUGCCUCACAGCCUCUGGUAGGAGCCUCCCGUGGUGCUCACCGCUCACACGUGGGGUUGAAGCUCCGAGUCACCGCCUGGACCCCCGCCAGGGCCGGGACAGGCCCCGCCAUUCCUGCCGCCGCUUCCGCUCCCGCCCCGCGCGGCCCACAGAGCGCGAUGGCGGCGCCCGCGCUGAGGAAACGUGCUGAGGUUGGCGUGACCUUUGAGGACAUUGCCCUGUACUUCUCCAGGAAGGAAUGGAGCCUCCUUGAUGAGGGUCAGAGACAGCUGUACCUGAAUGUGAUGCUGGAGAACUUUGAACUUGUAUCCUCGCUGGGUUGCUGCUGUGGAGCAGAGAAUGUGGAGGCACCAACAAAACAGAAGGUUUCAGUAAGAGUGUCACAGAGAAGGAAUCCCAAGAUAGCCUUGUCUUCCCAGAAGAGCCAUCCCUGUGAGAGUUGUGGGCUCACCUUGGGAAACAUAUUCCAUGUGAUGGAGCUUCAAAGAAAUGAACAUGGACAGGUACUUUUGAGAUGCGGGGCAUGUGCAAAACGGUUUUACUUCCGUGUAAAAGUUGACAAAAAGCAUGUUAGAGAGAGGACAUUUAUUAGAGGUGUAGACACGAUUUCACAUGGAAACAGUUGCAAUUUCAACGUGUCCCAGAAUUGUUUCACAAGCGGGGAGGUUGAGCCCAGUGUCCUUUCAAAACCAAGACAUCUCCACCUAAAAGCUACUCUCACCAGGGACAGUGGAAAUGCUAUUUCAACAGAUGGGAAGACAUUUCAAAGCAGAAUUCAUACGGGAGAAAAGCCUUAUCAAUGCAUCGAAUGUGAGAAAAGUUUCAAAAAAACCAUUGGUCUCCAGUAUCAUCAGAGAGUUCACAAUGGAGAAAAGCCUUAUAAAUGCAACGAAUGUGGGAAAGCUUUUACCAGUAGGAGUGACCUUCUUUGUCAUCAGAGAAUUCAUACUGGAAAAAAGCCGUAUCAAUGCAGUGAAUGUGAAAAAGCUUUUACCACUAGCAGUCAACUUAGAAAGCAUCAGAGAGUUCAUACGGGAGAAAAGCCUUAUAAAUGCAGUGAAUGUGGAAAAUGUUUUAACAGUAACAGCUACCUUCGUAGUCAUGAGAGACUUCACAGUGGAGAAAAGCCUUAUAAAUGCAACGAAUGUGGGAAAUCUUUUAAUAGUAGGAGUGACCUUCAUUGUCAUCAGAGAAUUCACACUGGAAAAAAGCCGUAUCAAUGUAGUGAAUGUGAGAAAGCUUUUACCACUAGCAGUCAACUUAGAAAGCAUCAGAGAGUUCAUACGGGAGAAAAGCCUUAUAAAUGCAGUGAAUGUGGAAAAUGUUUUAACAGUAACAGCUACCUUCAUAGUCAUCAGAGACUUCACACUGGAGAAAAGCCUUAUAAAUGUAGUGAAUGUGGAAAAUGUUUUAACACUAACAGCCACCUUCGUAGUCAUCAGAGAGUUCACAGUGGAGAAAAACCUUAUAAAUGUAGUGCGUGUGAGAAAGCUUUUACCACUAGCAGUCAACUUUGUACUCAUCGGAGAGUUCAUACAGGAGAAAAGCCUUAUAAAUGCAGUGAAUGUGAGAAAAGUUUUCUAGGAAACACUGAUCUCCAGCGUCAUCAGAGAGUUCACACUGGAGAAAAGCCUUAUAAAUGCAGUGAAUGUGGUAAGUCUUUUGCAAGGAGCAUUGUUUUUCAAUAUCAUCAGAGAAUUCACACAGGAGAAAAGCCUUAUAAGUGCAGUGAAUGUUCGAAAUCAUUUACUGGUAGAACUAGUCUCCAGUAUCAUCAGAGAGUUCACAGAGGAGAAAAGCCUUAUCAAUGCAGUGAAUGUGGGAAAACUUUUACCAAUAAUAACAACCUUCAUAUUCAUCAGAGAGUUCACAGAGGAGAAAAGCCUUAUCAAUGCAGUGAAUGUGGGAAAACUUUUACCAAUAACAGCAACCUUCAGAGUCAUCAGAGAGUUCACACUGGAGAAAGUCCUUGUAAAUGCAGCGAAUGUGGAAAGUCUUUUUCGAGUAGCACUAGUCUCAAAUAUCAUCAGAGAGUUCACACAGGAGAAAAGCCUUAUCAGUGCAGUGAAUGUGGUAAAUAUUUUGUUCGUAGUACUAGCCUUCAUGCUCAUCAGAGAGUUCACACCGCAGAGAAGCCUUAUAAAUGCAGUCAUUGUGGGAAAUGUUUUAGCUGGAACAGUAGCCUUCAUACUCAUCAGAGAGUUCACACUGGAGAAAAGUAUCACUGCAAUGAAUGUGGCAAAUCUUUUAGAAGUAGUAAUGGUCUUAAAUAUCAUCAUGCAGCUCACAGUGGAGAAAGCCGCGAUGAGUGCAAUUAAUGGGUGAUAUCUUUCCGUCUAAUUUGUAAAUUACCUCUUCACAAAAGAGUCUUGAUGAGAAAAGAUUGUUUGAUGUGUAGGAAAUGUAGUUUGUUAGUAUUUGACAGUAGUAUAAGAUUAUAAAUGACGUCUCAAUAGCCUGAAUUGUAUCUCCUGCAUUUAAUUGGCUACAUUAUGUAAUGUACCCCAAUAAUUUCUGCUAUUCUAUGUUGCACUUUGUAACGUACUGAGAUGUCCUACCAGAUCUAUGUCAGUACAUCUUUAUUUUGCUGAAGUUA